CCUCCACAGUCUCCCUAUGUGUACAAUGAUACGGCCGAGUCGAUUGAACGAAUUUCGAAACUGAUGGCUGCAAACGAGCGAGCUACGGUUCAAGCCAUCUUGGAUAGUGUCAAAGAUCCCAAAUAUGCCACCUUUGAGAACGUCGUACAACCAUACUAUGACAAGGACAAUGCCAACGCGGCGCUGUCGUUUCCACUCGGUGCCUACUCCCUCUCAUCCGUGCCCGGUAUUUAUGACGCCGUGAGCAAAUUAGACGACGACGUCGAUGUUGUCAUCACGGAGACUUUUUCGAACAAGGCCUUGACCGACCUCGUGGUCCAUGUCUAUCAGGCAAAUCACGAUGCAACGACCCUGAGCACCCUGAACGAUGAACAAUUGACCAUUCUGGAGGACUUCUACUCAUCUUUCGGGCUCCUGACUCUUGCACCCGCGCAGCGGGACCGGUACAAUAACCUGACACAGCGCAAUUACGACCUCCAAGAUGAGUUUACCAAGAACGCGGAGCAGCCAAAGUACGUAUACUUCACAGCCGAGGAGCUUGAUGGAGUGCCAGCAGAUAGUCUUCAAACUCUCGAGAAAGCAAAUGCCACUGGCGAGAACGCAGGAAAGCUGCAGUACGACGUGCAGUUUGACAAGUUCAUCGCCGUGAAUACCUAUGCCGUGAACGAAACGACAAGGUACACGAACUUUCUCGCACGAGAUCGAAUCGCACCGGAAAACGAAUCUAUCCUGAAGGAGAUCCUCAAGACACAGCUCGAGAUGGCACAGCUGUUCAACUACUCGUCAUGGGCUGAUUUUACCCUAUCGAAUACUAUUGCUAGCAACACGACGACUGUGAACGCAUUCCUCCAGGACCUUCACACACAUCUCACCGAUGCCAGCAACAGGAAUGUAGCAAGUAUAGCUCAAGCGAAGUCGAAGGAUACAGUGGUCAGUCCGGUGGGCGACAAGGACGUCGCCUACAGAUGGGACUACAACUACUACCCCGAAAAAGAGCGGCAAACCCUCUUCGACAUCAAUCAGGACAAGAUCGCGGAGUACUUCCCAGCCAACGUGACUGUAAGUGCUCUGGAUGAGAUCUUUAGCGUUCGUUACGACCGAAUCACGGGCCUCGAUGCCGAUGCCUUGUCCCCAACUGGCAACGGCGGUGACUUGCUGUGGCACCCUGAUGUGAUGAUGUACGCCGUCUGGGACGACUUUAAAGACUCCACCUGCAACACAACCAAUGUCAUAGACCCAGGCUUUCGCGGCUACCUGUACCUCGACCUCUUCUACCGCGAGGGUGUCAAAGAUGGUCACGAUUCGAAUGAGCAGAAUAUUUUCCCAGGUUAUACCAAGCCCGACGGCUCUCGAGUGCAUCCAGCGUCGCGUGUGAUGAUGAAUCUUCACAAAAGUGACCAGGAGGACAUCAAGCCGUCCCUCAUUCCUUAUCGCGAACUUCCCGGACUCAUGCACGAACUUGGGCACUGCAUGCACGACGUCUUGUCCGUCACCAACUACGCUCGCACAAUAGGAACAUCUGUUCCCAUUGACUUCGUUGAGUUCCCAAGUCAAUUCAUGGAAAACUUCAGCCGGGUGCCUCAAGCUCUCCGACAGAUUUCGAGACACUGGUCCGCAGACGUUCCUCUUCCACCGGCGACCAUGCCUGACGACAUGAUUGCCAACGUCAUCAACUCGACCCGCGUCAAUCUAGCAGCCGGCGAGAUGAGGCAGAUCAUCUAUGGCACGUGGGACCAAGAGCUGUUCCAACUGGCCAGCGCCGACGAAAUCACCGCGCUCGAUAUCAGCGCUCGCUACAACACCCUCUAUCGCAACUUCAGCUCGCUUGGGGACCCCUCGGAUCUCGGGCAAGACAAACAUUGGGGCUUUUAUCCUCUCAGCGACACCUUCCUAGCCAAUCAAUACGCCGGCACCUACUAUGCCUAUCAAUGGUGUUUGUCCUACGCAGAAGACGUCUUCUUCACAGCAUUUGCGGCCGAUCCAUUCAAUAGUGACGUGGGAAUGCGAUACCGCACCCAGGUGCUGCAGCCGGGUUCUUCAACAGAUCCAGUCAUUGGCCUGAAGGAGUUUCUGGGCCGCGACCCAAAUAACGAAGCAUUC